AUGCUUGCAUUGAAGAACAACUGCAAGCAUCCAAGUACUGGAAGACCAUACAUCCAGUCCAUCGCCGGCGGAAAAGACAUCUCAAUCGAGAACCUACAGAAUGGCAUAAGCCAUGCCUUCAUUGUUCAGUUCUACUCCAAUGAGGACAGAAAUUAUUAUGUGGACCACGAUCCCGAGCAUCAAAAGUUCAAAGAUUCGGUCAAGGAGAUUGUAGAGAAAGCUCAGGUCAUAGAUUUCCAGGAUGGUGUUUUCACAUGA